AUGAUCCUGGACAGCAUUGGCGUUGGACUAAUCGGAAGCACAACACACGUCUUCAACAUCAUCCUGAAAUAUUGUCAGGCAUACGGAAAUUCUUCCCAUUGCUCAGUUUAUGGACAGAAAGGCUUGAAGCUCUCCCCCACCCUGGCCGCGUAUGCCAAUGGAGUAGCUGUUCACUCCAUGGAUUUCGAUGACACGUGGCACCCCGCCACCCACCCAUCUGGUGCCGUCCUCCCGGCUCUGUUGGCAUUGACACAAAUGCUUUCCCAAGAAAGGCGAGUCACUGGAGAGGAGCUUCUGAUGGCUUUCAAUGUUGGAAUCGAGAUUCAAGGAAGACUGAUGGGCUUUUCCAAGGAAGCAAAUAACAUUCCUAAAAAAUUUCAUCCACCUUCUGUAGUUGGAACCAUGGGAAGUGCUGCUGCCUCUGCCAAGCUUCUGUCAUUAGAUAAGGAGCAAUGCUUGCACGCCCUGGCGAUUGCUGCCUCUCUUGCUGGUGCCCCAAUGGCAAAUGCUGCCACUCUGGCCAAGCCUUUACACAUCGGCAAUGCUACGAGGUUGGGCCUGGAAGCUGCUAUUCUGGCCGCUAAAGGAAUGGAAGCCAAUUCCCUCAUAUUGGACGAUGUUCCAGGCUGCGCUGGUUUUAGUGCAUUUUAUGGUGACUACCAACCUAAGCCACUGUCAUUUCCUGGAAAACACUAUGAAUUCCUUCUAGCGAAGCAAGACAUUGCUUUUAAGUCUUUCCCGGCACACCUGGGGAUGCACUGGAUAGCCGAUGCUGCAGUCUCGGUCAGAAAUAGAUUCAGGGAGCACUAUGGCUUUUUUGACCCAUCUGCAAUCCAGUCUAUAGUUCUCAGAAUCCCGAUCUCCAAAUACAUCAAUAGGCCUUAUCCAGAUUCAGAACACCAGGCCCGCCACUCCUUCCAGUUCAACGCCUGCACGGCUCUCCUGGAUGGCGAAGUUAACAUCGCCUCCUUCGAUGAUGAUAACAUAUUUCGAAAAGACCUUCAGCAUCUUCUGAGCAAGGUGGUGGUGGAGCAUCCAAAGGACAAUGAGGCCAACUUUGACAAGAUGUACGGUGAAGUGGCUUUGCUGCUGAAGAACGGGGAUGUGAUGGUCGAUAAAUGUGACACUUUCUAUGGCCACUGGAGGAAACCCCUGAGCAGAGAGUCCCUGCUGAAGAAAUUUGUGACCAACGCCAGAAAUGUCCUACAGGAUGACCAGAUCCAAGGGGUCAUACAGAUGGUGGAGGACCUGGAGAGUGUCACAGACAGUUCACAGCUCCCCCUGCUGCUUCAGUAA